UGCUCGUUAGCGUGACACAACAGGAAGUGCGCUUUAUCAUUAUUACAAGCUAUAGCUCUCUGUAGAUAGUUACACGUUUAGUCACCGGCACGGUAAAACAUAAAUACCGAAUCUGUUCAUUAACCAUCAACAACGUAAAAAUAGGUGUGAUUCGACAUCUUCGCCGAAGUCUUCUGGGCGUUUCCAUGGUGACAUCAGCAGGCUGCUUCGAGCUGACUGACACGUACUGGUUUGUUAACAAACUGUGGCGGAGGAACAGUAAAGAAGCCCAAAAGCCAGGAGCGCAGAGAGGAGGUAUAGUUGGACUGAAACAUCGAGAUUGUUCCCGAUUUCACCAUGAAUAUGUUUGACCGCAGCAUCAACACCGAUGCACUCUUCAGGUUCUCCCAAAUAUCCCACUCCACCCAGGUGCACUUGAAGAAUGUGUACUCCAGCCUGUCUCUUUGUAUGUUCGUGGCUGCAGCUGGAUCCUAUGUCCAUGUUGUCACCCGCCUCUUUCAGGGCGGACUUCUGUCCGUGCUCGGCUCGCUGGCGAUGAUGUUCUGGCUCGCCAUGACCCCCCACAGCCCUGAGACGGAGAAGAAGAGACUGGCUAUCCUCGCAGCCUUUGCCUUCCUCACAGGCGUCGGCCUCGGCCCCACUCUGGACUUUGUCAUCGCUAUUAACCCGAGCAUCAUUGUGACAGCCUUUCUGGGAACCUCUGUGAUCUUCGUCUGCUUCACUCUCAGCGCCCUUUAUGCUAAACGCCGGAGCUACCUGUUCCUGGGGGGCACUCUGAUGUCUGGCCUCUCCAUCCUCUUCCUCAUGUCCCUGAUGAAUGUGCUCUUUGGAUCUCUGAUGCUGUUCAAGGCGCACAUGUACCUUGGGCUGCUCAUCAUGUGUGGCUUUGUCCUCUUUGACACUCAGCUCAUCAUUGAAAAAGCAGAGAAUGGAGACAAAGACUAUGUGUGGCACUGUGUGGACUUGUUCCUUGAUUUCAUCACCAUCUUCAGGAAGUUGAUGAUCAUCCUCGCCAUGAAUGAUAAGGACAAGAAGAAGGAAAAGAAGUAAACACAGCAGCAGGGAAAAGAGAGAAAGAAAAGGCACGAUCUGCGACGCAUUUGGUGCUUUCCCCUUUGUCCUAAUUUCUUGAUCUAACUAUUCUGUGGUCUUACAUUUUCUGAAUCUUUUGACAUGUUUUUGAACCUUCUGAGCGUUGGCCGUUAGAUUCAGCUCCGUACCGGUGACCUCAUCGGCGCUGCAAUCCUCAUGCUUGGUCUCUAGAGGGAAGCGUUGUCUAAUCAAUUCCAGCAUCGCUUCACGAAGAUGUUCAUGUUACUGUUAUUUAGUGCCAUAAAAAAGGAGAUGAUAGAAUGGUUUUGAAGAAUCUUGUAGGCUAAUUACUUUAUUUAAUUCUUCUUCAUUUGCCUGUUUAUAGUUUCUCUCUGUGCGUCUUAAUAGUCUUAUGAUUAGUGCUCGCCCAGAAUUUAGACAAAAGAGGCUCCUUCUCAGAUUUAUUGUUUUUUUUUUUCUUUCAGAUUUCAUUAUGAAUCAGAAUAGUGAGUUGUGGUUAUCCCCCCCCCCACACACACACACACACACACACACACACACCCUCCCAGGAAAUCCCGGUCAGUCUCAUCCAGAUGGAAGAAGCCACCGGGUGGACUAGUUUUGGACAGGUUGAUGUAGGAGACUGUGCCAUCUGUCAGUUUUCCUCUUUUCCACCUUGGCUAACAGACUGGUCACUUAUCUGACUGCUCUUCUUGUAAAUUUUCCCCAUUUCUUCUGUCUAAACGGCAGUUUGCCAAAUGAUGUAACAUUAACCUGAAUAUUUGGCAUCAUGGCUUAUUGUUUGUUUGGAAAAUGUAAACUGUGAAGGAUUUUUGUUGAUGUAAAACAAACUACUAAUUUGAUACAUUUGCUCUAAUAAAUGUGUUGACCAUA